CUUCAGAUGAUCAGGUUUUGUUACUCAGUGAUUGGUUUCAUCACGAAGUUGGGAGUAGGAUUUGGAGAUGUCUUUGGUUUACGUAGAUUUGAGAUAGAAAUCUGAUGUUCAAGAUAGUUCAUUAUGGCGUAUGAUGCUCAUGACUUUUUCAAGUCACACGGAAGAGACAAAACGUUGUUGGACGUCGCAGUCGCUGAACUCGAUUUUCUACAGCUAGUAGACAAGUAUCCGGUCUUAUUUGGUGGUCCAGUACUUGACAAUGCCAUCCGUCGCUAUGAAUGCUUUUGGCUUCCUCUUCUAGCAAAAGAAAGCAAGAAAAACAAGGAACGAGGGAAAGACAGAGACAAAUUCUCUCUGCAGGCCGCACCUGUUGAUGUGGCAUGGGUAUGGCACUUGCAUAUGCUCGCUCCUUUGGCCUACAAGCAAGACUGUGAAUCCAUGUUUGGUGGACUUUUAGACAGUGAAUAUCUUGCCAGAAAUCAUUCCGUUGCACAAAAUCUAUGGCAGCGGCUUUACCCAGAUGAGCCUUUUGACCUGGACCUCACCACGGCACCCACUUACCUACAACAGUACAAGUCCCAGCUCAAGUACAAUUUACAAUCAGCUGCGGAAAGGCAAAGUAAGUUUUACUACAAUGUAUCCCUGCCACAUUAUAGAGAUACACAGUUUUUGAAAGACGCAGUAGAGAGAUACAAGCAUCACUUAAACCUAAAGAAAGCCAACCCAAGAACAUUUCUUGUUCCUUGCUACGACUUUGACCUUAUCUGGCAUGCACAUCAGUUGUGUCCAGAGAAGUAUCAUCAAGAUACGACUGCCAUUUUGGGGUAUCUUCUCAACCAUGAUGACACAGAAACUGGCAGAGUUCCAGGAUCAAAGCUUUAUGAGUCGGAAAUUCUAACGAGAGUUGCCUGGAAACAAGCAGGGCUCGAAUUUUCCAAGAGAGGUGCCAUGCACAGGGGUACACCUCUUCCAAAGAUACCUCCAAGGCAGCCUGGAAUCUUCAAUUCGUUAGCCACGCUUAUAUGUGAGUUGGAGCUGACGAAAAUUGACACUCACUUGAACCCAAAGAAAAAGUUCCAAAUAAGAGUCACUUCAAACGGUUUUGAGGUGAGAAAGGUUGUCAAAGGAGGUGAAAUGUCCUUUGGAAAUUCAAUGGAUCCAUUGCUAUCAGGAAUGAAAGCUUAUUCUUCUAAGGACACAUCUUUUACAGCUACACUUUUUCAUAAAAGACUGUUUGGAAAAAAACCUCUCCAAUAUUCAAAUGUUAAUGUUAAGACAUUCAUCGACAGCCUGGAGAAUCCCAACCAGACAUUCCCAGCAGUGAGCACUAACGCUAUUUCUUUCAACGAAGGCGCCGUGGAGUUAACAUUCCGAGUAGUCAGUCCACCAACCAUGGGAAAUUUUGAGUUUGACGUCGUUCCAGAGCAAAACUUUAUCAAAGUCAACCACGUGGCUCACGUUCUAAGCCAGCCGAUGCUCAUGCUGUCGCAAAAGAACAUAGAUAUGGCAUCUUUGCCUGGAGAAAUGGCGACCAAUCAGAUUAAAGAUCACCGUGGACAGGUUGUCUUUACCUACAAAAUCGUGCACUCAGCAGAUUGUAUGCUUUCUGCUGUGGAGAUUCUAGAUAUUUUCAACAACCUCGCUGCUACUGCCCAUGUACUAGAUAUUGGUGCUCUUCCUGAAGCUAAUGAGGUAUCGAACGAAGGACCCAACUGUGUUACGGUCGCAGGAAGAGAGGGAGCUCGGGCGAUGCUGAUUCGAAGCCGAGAUCAAGACUAUGGUAUUUGCGUAGGAAAAUGGAUCAAAAAAGAAGUAAAAAGCAAACGGGGACGCAGAAAGAACAUCUCGUUCAUGGGGUUGAAAUAUUACAACCUUAACGAAGAUGCUCAAGGGUGGUGCAAAGUGAAAAAGCUUAAGAACUCCAAAUUCCUACUCGUUCUCAGACCAAGUAGCUCGUCUCAAGUUCAAGUAAAAGUUGAUCUCAACGAUGGACACAUUACCGUGCCUGCAAGCGGGACUGAAGAUAUCCCACAGUGCCUUGCAGUUUGUUUUGCCGUGUCUGUACUCCACCUUCUCUGUCGUCCAUACGCACCCAAAGAAGAUCAGAGUGCUUCGCCUCUCAGUAGGAAAACAAAAUUGGACAAAUAUGCAGCAACUAGUGUCACAGGUACAAGAGUACGUCGAAGAAGUCUUUCCAACAACAGCUAUGUUCUCUAUGCCACCCCUUGCAUGAUGCUUGCUGCCGGAUACUGCUGUAUGACCGUACCAACCAAUGUAUACUUAAUGUCUUCUGCUGCAACGGGACACGUAGGAUGGGAUUUCUGCCCAGAAUACUACGAUACUGUUGAGUUGGAAGAGAUGGAUUGUGACGGAGAGUGGGGAAGUAGCAUUGGUUUCAACGAAGAGGGCGUUGAAUGGGAAGAGAAUGCCAAUAUUGGAUCGUUUGAUGAGGGAGCCCAAGACUGGGGAGAUGGUGGUAUUGAUGAUGGCGAUUUUGGAGGUGAAUUUGGGGGAUUCGAUGAUGGUGGUGGUGAUGCUUGUGGAGGCGGUGAUGGUGGUGACUGCGCAGGUGAUGCCGGUGGAUGUGGUGGGGAUGGUGGUGGUGGAGAUGGUGGUGGAGGAUGUGGUGGUGGGGAUGGUGGUGGAGGAUGUGGUGGUGGGGAUGGUGGUGGUGGAGGAUGUGGUGGUGGCGGAGGGUGUGGUAGUGGGUGUGGUGGAGGCUGUGGUGGAAGUUGUGGUGAUUGAGGGUGCGAUGCUGGCUGUUCAGGCUAACGUCAAGGGAUGCAGUAUUCUGAAAAAGAUUUCGAAAACUAAAAUCAUGUAACUUAAGUCAACAUUCAUAUAUUGCACUUUAAGAAAGGACCUUAAAAUAAUCAAAUGAUUAGCUAUCCAAGGAUCCACGGAACUUUAACUAUGUAAGAGCAUGAAAAAUGCAUCUUCAUGUGAUAUGUCUUUAGUUAUAGCAGCUUUAGAAAUUAACCAUUGGUGCUUUUAGUAAAUGUUUUGUUAUAGUUUUAAAAGUACUUUAAGGUGGCUCAACUGGGUUUUAUCCGCGCGAUACCAUGCAACUUCAAAUCGCAAAUACUCGGAUGCAAACAAUCCAAUAAUAAUUUUUUUAGAGGUUUCAAAGGAAAGAUAAAAUUUUCGAAUGAGCAUGUUUUUACUGAAAUCGGAAUUAAUAUAAGAUUGCUGUUAAGCGUUGGUGCGUUUACUUCAUUGCCUAUUUUCUCCGUUUUUUGACCUAGGUUUUUAAAUUGCUUUUGAGAUAUUGGAGGAUAACUAAUUUGCUCAAGGUACAGAAAAUUUGAAGAAAAUCCCAGUGGAGCCACCUUAAGUUGUCUAUGUAUUGAAAUAACAUAAACAAUAACGGAACUCCACCAAUGUUUGGAUUAUAUACAUCCAUAUAGUUUCAGAGAGCUUGUUGCACUCUAAUAAUUUUUCAGUUUAUUUAUGGAACACAAUGAAACAUUUCAGUAACAAAAGAUCAAUUACUUGACAGACAAGGAAUAAAAUUUGUAACACUUUU